AUGUCGAUGGUCGUGGCGUUGUCCAAUAGAUUUGCGCGACGAGGAAGGGGGACGUUGUCAUCGCGUGGAGGGCAGCCACGAAGAGGGCACGACGGGGGAGAGAAUGUCGAGGGUCAAGAUGAGGGGCAAGUGUUGAAAGUCGGAUUUUUUGGGAAGGGCUUGUCUUUUAAAAUUAAACUGCACCAAAAUUUGACUGCACCCAGAACAUUCCAGGACAUAACACCACAAGUCACCCCAUUCUCUAAGGCCACAAAACUGAGUUCAGCAAGUGCUCAAAACAGAAAAAGGAACAGAUCAAUCUUCUUCAUCUAUGACUUGGGUGCCAAGUCCCUUGAUCCCUCCAUCCGGAAUCUCAGCAACAGUGACCAAAGAGUAAAGUUCCUCCUUUGCAUCCUCAUCAUCAUUCCUCUUGCGCGCAAUGCGGACACGGAUUCUUCUCGGCACACUUCUAAUCCCAUUGCUCCAAAUGUGUUUGUUCAGUUUGACGUCCACCCUGACAUCAGUGGUCCCCAUGGCCUUCUGGGCAAACUUCCUGAUUUCUUUGAUGGCCUUUGGAGCCUUCUUCUUGAAGAGUACUAUAUCACCAUUUACAAUAAUUCAUUAGUUGAGACGCAAACAUCACAUUUUGAUGGCAUAUUAAUCAAAAGCCAGACCAAACAUAUGACAAAACGAGGAGUGUAG